AUGCCUGUGGCCUUGCUGGUGAUGAUAUUCAACGUCUGCUCAACUGACCAGAAACCAACAGGAACGUCGGUAGCAAAACAUGUAACACGUAUUCUGCAGCGUGGAUACUCGGCGUCGUACGGGCUAGCAACUGGAAUGGAGGCGCUACUAUGCCGAGUCCCGCCCAGCGUAGCCAACGGCCAGGAUGACAUUGAUGACAGCGACAGCGACGCGAGACAGUUGCUGUUCCCUCGCGGUGCUCCAUACAAAGAAAUCAGAUCGCACAAGGAUGGAGCCGCGCUUGCGCCGUCACUACCGACCGCUGGGCCGCUGCGGCAAUCGCUCGGGAUUGUUGAGAUGCAACUUGUGGUGAUGGCCGGGGACUCUGAAGUUUGA